UUCAGGUUUGGACCACUUUCCGAUAAUUUCAGAAGAAGAUGGACAAAAGCCUCCUCUUUUCCAUCUUCGCAUGCGUGCUCGUUUCUAUCGCAGUUGCUGGUAACUUGUUAAUCGUCAUAGCAGUGUGGAAAAAGCGAUUCCUACGAUCCACUACGAACUACCUUCUCGUCAAUGUUGCCUUCUCGGAUCUCGUCAGCCUGUGUUUCUUGCCACUAAUGCUCACCCAAAGAUAUGUCAAAUUUAACGAAGGUGUUGUAGCCGAUAUGUUGUGCAAGUUUCUCAUUUCCUUCAACAUUCCUCUCACAGCAAGUUUCGCGGCAAUUUGUACUCUUGUUGUACUGUCUGUAGAGAGAUACCAUGCUAUUGUGAAGCCGAUGAAGACAGGAUUCAGACUGAGAGAGGACACCGUUAAAUACGCUAUUGGAAGUUGCUGGCUCUGUGCAGGUUUAGCAACCUUGCCUUUGUACAUUUAUGGGAAAUACAGUAAUAUAGACCAAAGGAAUUUAUGCAUAACGAACCUGUUCGAUUUAUUUCCAUUGAUUUAUAUUCUACAUGUAUCAUUUUUCUUCGUCGCAGUUCCCUUCAUCACCAUCAGCUUUUGCUACUUCAAGAUCGUUCAUGAGGUUUACUUCAAGAACAAAGUAGGGCCAAAGAAUUUAGCAGCACAACAAGAAACUUUAAAUAAACGAAAACUCGUUAAGCUUUCUCUCUCGAUAACCAUAACAUUUGUCAUCUGCUUUUUCCCAGUAACUAUUGCAGUAAUAUUAAAAAGUAUUGAUCCACGACAUGCUAACAGAAGCUUAGUAAAGUACACCAGUGUUUUGUAUUUUUUGGAGUCUUUGUGCAACCCUUUCCUUUAUGCUUAUCAAAGUACUAACUUUCGUCAAGCUUUCAAAGCAAUACUCAAAUUAUAA